GCCAGGAACCGUUCUGUCCGCGUGCUUCCAUCACAAGUUUUCUGAGAUGCGUGUGACAUAGAUAUCAGAAGGUCGGUAUAUACAUGCAGCAGACCUGGGCCAGCUAAUUGGGCGCCGCCCGCCAGCUACCUGGCCGCUCGGCGUCUGCCACGCUUUGCUCCCAAGUUUCCUAGAGCCGACCGCGCACCAGCAGCUAAACACACAUUCUUCGAAGACGUCUAUGGCGAAUUACAUCUGUGGCAGAAAAUUGCGGCGAAGGUCCGGAGAAUCACGGUGUUGGUGCGUAGAGCACCUCAGGCGCCAGGCGCGCGCGAUGGGCGCGCACCACGGCGUACUAGACGCUACAGGCAAUAUGGUGGGGCCCUCUGUCCAGCAGUUGGGAAGCUGGCAGUCCUCACCAUCGUUGUUUUUUUUGUUGCAUCCCCCAAGCGAUACAUGUGCACUAGGCAUUGCGCAUAAUAGUAUAGGCAUGAUUCAAUCCUGGCGCCUCGCAUGCGGGGGCGUCAGCACUCGCUGCGGCAGCCACAGCGUGUCACAACUUGCAGCCAGACUGGCCGGCUCUCGAGAGCCUCGCCCGCGGGGCGACUUGCCAGGGGCUGCCCGGGGUGAGCAGGGCUCUGCCGUCCUGCACUGGGGUGUGGUGGAGCAGGAGGAGCAGCAGGAAUAGGAGAGACGGCCCCGAUCAUUCAACCGAGGUCUCGCACCUCUCUUUCCGCCAUCUGCAGCGGACUUUGGGCUCGCGUUAGGCCUUGGGCAACGCAGGAAUUCGUAAUGCAGUUUUUUAACUCCUCUCCCAAGCCAUGGGCUGGGCACAUGGGCUCGCCCGGUGGUCUCCUCUCAUCCUCCUCAUCAUUCCCCUCUUCUUCUCCCAUUCCAGUUCCUAUGUGACUGAAAAGUCCCAGAGGCGGUUCUCCUACUGUUGCGCGCAAGUCCGGUGCGACAUCUCUGAAGUGGCUUGUGGUCAGACGCCACCGCUGCUCGCAUUUUUGGUACUCCCGCCUUGGCUACUGACCUCGAGUUGCGGCCCAUCUCCAUGUGGCAAUGUGCUUCGAGGGCGGGUGCGGGGGGUGCGAGGGGGCCGGAGCGGGUGUGAAGAGUGGGUAGGUUGUGACGAUUGGAUCGGCAUCGCCGUGGCCAGCCAGCCACCCAGCCAGGCAAAGGGCAGCGGUGCGCCCUACCAGUGUGGUUCUGGCACCAGGCGCACUCUGCCUGCUCGACUUUUCGAGGUGCUCGCCCGCGCGGCUGCUCCUCGGACGACCGCGUGA